AGGAAACAAGCUCUACCCUCUGGGGACCAAGAACCUGUCUGCUGCAGUCAUAACAGUCCAUCCUCUGGUCCAGGUCCAGUCCAUGUGGACUGACGUAGUGGACUGACAGACUCUCUGGUCCUUAGAUCAACACUGCUGGAGUCCAGAAAGAGGAUCAAGACGAGACAGACAUGUUGAUGUGAACUUUAGAGAAACCCCUCAUGGAGCUGAAAUAUGAUCCUGGUUCAUCCUCUGACUCAUUCAGCAGCACACAGGUUUUUGUAUCACUCUUUCUCACUGUGGGAGGUGGAGGGUACUUCUUCAUGUUUGGCUCUGGGACUAAACUGUUUGUAACAGAUGAGCCCGUGGUGAAGCCCGUUGUGAGCGUGUACCCGGCAGCAUCCAGAGCCCAGCUGGAGAGGAAGAGCUCCCUGCUGUGUGUGGCCUCAGACAUGUUUCCUCCUCUGGUCCAGAUCUCCUGGAGAAGACCAAAGGGGGACGGUCAGCUGGAGGUGCUGCCCCCUGCUGAGGGAGAGCAGCUGGAGCUCAGAGAGUCGGGACGCAGCGUCUCCAUCCUGAUUGUCCCUCAGAGAGAGAACAGGACUGAUAGAUACCUCUGCUCUGUGCAGCACGAGGGGGGCAGAGUGGACGCCAGAACUGAACAAGAAGUUCCAGCUGCUGCAGCCUCCUGUCCUCCAGAGAGAGAAGCGCCUGACCUGACAGCUCUGCAGCAGACCCAGAUGUCCUUUCAGGCUCAGUGCAGGGUGAAGCUGCUCUCUCUGCUGUACUCCCUGCUGAUCCUGAAGAGUCUGGUGUUCUGCUGUGGACUCUCUCUGCUGAGGAUCCCCACCAACAAGCCCCCGUCCAUCAGCUGCACAUGUGCUGACCGACUGUCUCCUGCUGGCCUGUUCUCUCCAUCAGAUCUCAGCAGCUCACCUCUGGAAAGCUUCUCUCAGCAGGUCCAAAUGUAGAUUCCAACAUGUGGAGGGUGGUUGGAGAAUGGAUGGAUCUGUGCAGCGUCAGAUAAAUCCCCCUGGAGGUCUAAACAGAAACAGACUUGUAUUCUGAUCCUGAUUCUGUUGUCUAAAGUUCAUUUGAAUAGAUUCUGUUUACACUCAGUAAAGAGUGAUUUGUACAAACGUUUCCAAUGAUCCUCUUUCUGCUAGAUUAGACCUCAUUUAUUCAAUGUUUCACACAUAUGCAGAGUGUCGCAGCUUCUUACAUUUUUUACAGUGUAACUUUCUCAAUAAAGUCAAACAUCCUCAGA